AUGAGUGACAGAAGGGUUAUGGUUAGGGCAAGAGUACGUAACCGAAUAGGUAAAGGAUUUCUAAGUAAAGACAAAGCAUUUACAUUUUUACAAAGAAAAGAUGCUUCUCUGAGUCCCGCCCUCGUUGAAAUGGAAACCUGGCUACAGAAACACCCCUACAGAAUAUCACGAGGCACAGGACAUGACCUGCAACUUUCACGAUUGGUCGGAUACGUCCAUAAGAGGAAUCCCUUUGAUGGAAUUCUGCGGUUUUGUAGGUUGUUCGAAGGUGACUCGAGUACAUCGGAAGGCGACGUGAGGUUCCUGCGGCAGGAGGAAGGAGGGGCGUGUCCUCUCCUGGAAAGAAAAGAGUCCUCGUGUAAUCACGCCCAACGUCAGUCAGAAACUAUUAUUCAUUUUUAUCCCACAGUGUAUACGGGCUUGGUAUUAUGCGCCCUCGUGAGUCUGUCGGCGGGGCAGACGAGGAUCACCAACAACCGAGGGUUUGGGUACUCAGGAGGAUCCUCGGGCAGUUUCGGCGGCGGCUUAGUGUCUGGCGGCUUCGGUGGCGGAGGCUUCGGCAACGCAGGUUUCGGCUCUGGGGGCUUUGGAGGCCUUUCGGGAGGAUACGGAGGAGGUAGCAGCUCCUGCAGGUACUGGUGCCGGACGCCGCUUAAUCAAUACUACUGCUGCGGAAACAACGGCCAGAGCAGUAACUUAGUUGCAGUUCAUCGCGGGAGAUGCCCUCAAGUGCGACCAUACUGCCCGGGGACGCGCGACGGGCCUCCGAGACCCUGCAGUAAUGAUGGGGACUGCAGCUGGCUGGACAAGUGCUGCUAUGACAGCUGUUUGGGCCAACACGUGUGCAAGCCAGCGCAGAACUAUUAGUGGUUCACAUGAAUAAGGAUUCCUAAGAAUGGGGAUUACUUAGGCAUAAGAAGAGGCAAGACAAAAUGACGCA